AUGGAUUGGAUUGAUAAACUUCAAUGGAAAUAUGCUGAUGAACUUCGUAAUGCUGAACGAAAAAUUUGGAAAGUUAAAGAUGAUGAUAUAGAAGUAGCUGGUUAUAUAAAACAAGCACAUUCAUUUUAUGUUGCUGUGGUUCGAAAUGCUGGUCAUAUGGUACCAGCUGAUCAACCAAGAGCUGCAUUUGAUCUUAUUGAUCGAUUUAUAUCAGCUUAA